AUCCGUUACCUUUAUAGAAAAACUUCCUUUAUUUAUUCCUUCAUUCCUUCAUUCCAGCCGUAGCUUCCUUCCCGCAAUGCUUUGCGGUAGGGAGGACGUCAAUUGAAAGCUGUGCGGUAUGUUAGAUCCCGAGGACACCGCGGAGCCCAAAAUUGGUUCUUCCUUCCCAAAAAUUUUUCUUCUCCCUCUAGCCAUGCUGAUCGUCGUAGGAGCCCUGCUGUUCUUGGUCUUUUCCGCCUCGGAACAGAAAGAGGACAAUUUUUACUCGUUUAAAGUGGUCAACAUCAGGGGUAAACUAGUCUCCCUGGACAAAUACAGAGGCUCGGUAUCAUUAGUUGUCAAUGUUGCAAGUGAAUGUGGGUAUACCGACAGUCACUACAAAGCCUUACAACAGUUGCAGAGAGAGAUUGGUUCUUAUCAUUUUAAUGUGCUAGCAUUUCCCUGCAAUCAGUUUGGACAGCAAGAACCCAACAGUAAUAAUGAAAUUGAGAGGUUUGUCCAACAAACAUAUAGUGUUACAUUUCCUAUGUUCAGCAAGAUAGCAGUGAAGGGCAUCGGAGCAAAUCCAGCCUUUAAAUUUUUAAUUGAAUCCACUGGAAAAGAGCCAACUUGGAACUUCUGGAAAUAUCUGGUAGAUCCAGAUGGGAAAGUGGUAAAUGCUUGGGACUCUACUGUCACUGUUGAGGAAAUAAAACCUUACAUCAUCGAACUUGUGAGGCAGCUCAUUCUGAAGAAAAAAAUGGAACUCUGAUUAUUUUUU